GAGCGGACAUUUACAUUAGCGAUUGCGAGAACUCCAUCGCAUUCCCUCUUUAUCACACCAAUACAGAAUCAUAUCAGUGCGAGCGAGAAGGACCGCGAUCAAGUUUACGCAGUCGCUUACGUAAACGUCAAGUAUCAACUCGUGGUACGACUACAGACCUUAACCCUAUAUAACAACUAUCUAUGUAAUAACGAAUAAAUACAUUUAGAUUAAAAAACAUGCUGGUAGCAUUUUGUGAACAAAACCUAAAGCUAUUAUCUUGCCCCUAGUUGUGAACGGCGGAGCGUCGAAUCAGAAAUGCUCAGCAUCAUAUUCCUCAUUGUUACCAUCGGGAUAGUUUUAGAUAGUGCAGAUGGUGCCAAUCCUAGUACGAAAGGGUCUAUCAUGAACGACUACUGGUGCUACCGAGCGAAGUAUUGCCGCGCCACGCACACCACCGUGUGCGCGCGAGAACCGCGCCUGAAGCUCGCCACCUGGUUCACCGACGAGUGCACAGUCUUCAAUUAUAACUGCAAAUCAAAAACUGAUUACACAGUAACUAGCGAAAAGCAGUGUACUACGCCCACGACAACAAUGUCCACCACCACAUCAACAACACGCGGAACGACACGCACAAGAAAAAUAAUAAAACUUCCAACCUUCAGGUUUUAACAAGAACA